AUGCAUUCAAAUUAUGUAGAUAGUGGAAAUUAUCCAUGCAACUUCAAUUUGAAAGAAUUGAGAUUGACCAAGUAAGUGAAUAAUUUAUUUAAAAUCUUUUUAUGCCAAGGUAGCGGGAGAGUGAUACAAUCUAUUAUUAGAGCUUUGAGAAACGAAGCUUGCGAGUUUAAAAGACAAAAUAAUAGUAAAUUACAAAAUAUUUUUGCAAAAGUGGUUUAUGUAAACAAAAAAUGGAACAAAAUGCCAAAAAAUAAAAAAAUCAACUCAAAACACACGUUUGUUUACUAAAAACAAUUAAAAUUGUGUUUUUUUUUAAAUUGAAUGUUCUUAUCGAUAAUUUUUGGAUAAAAAAAGAGGUUCAUCUAAAAAUGGAUAAUCUAACACAUUACCUUUAUUAAAAUCACUGCGUUGCACUAUGUAGAUCAAUAAAAGAUAUAAUAAUCUUUUCUGACCACAUGGGCUUAAUUCGGUCGUAUAAAACAUCUCGAACUUCAGCUGGCUUAAAAAACCUAGACAUAUAAAAGACCUAAUCAUUGCAACUCAUUAUCCAGAUCAAGCAGUCAUAACUUGGCCAUAAAUAACGUUUGUUUGGCCUGUUUUGCUGCUGCCUUCGGGCGAACUGAUGAAGACGGAUGUAAAUCAGGGAUGUUCGUGUAAACACGGAGUUAUAUCAAAGGAUUGCCACCUCAUUGGACAGCUGCCCACCCAAUUCAAGGUAAUUUUUUUCGAUAGCCUAAUAAAUUUUGAGACCGGCGGCAAAAGUUUUCGACCAAUUCAUUCAACACAAUGGGAUUGGCGCCUCGAGUCAGAUUGCGAUGAACCCUGUCCACGGUGAGUGUAACAAAAGAUACUGGUGUUAAUGUAAAAAUAUAGAAAGUACCUUUCUUUUUUGUUGUUUGACUUUAUUUAGUAAUUGAUUACUUUUAGUUCUACUAACCUUGGUCUUCCACUAUGUUAACUCUAACAUGUACGCGUCUCAGUUGUACGAAGACUUACUGUACUACUACAAUAGAAGUGUCAGACCAGUAAGGAACACGUCAGAGCCUUUGAGAGUAAAAUUUGGAGCGUCGUUAAUCAGGAUCAUCGAUGUUGUAGGCCAUUUCGUAAACAAUUUAAACUAUCUUUUAUUACUUCUAACAAAACGACUGUUACAGGACGAAGUAAACCAAGUGUUAACAACAAGUUUGUGGCUAGAGAUGCAAUGGUACGACUACAAGUUGGUAUGGGAUCCAGCCAAGUUUGGCGGGAUCAAGAAGAUUCACAUUCCGUCGGAUCAGAUCUGGAUUCCAGAUGUUAUACUCUACAAUAAUGCUGACGGUGAACCUCAUGUUUCAGUGACCAGUGAUGCCAUUGUAUAUUACACUGGACUGGUUGUAUGGAAACCUCCGAGUAUCUACAAGUCAUUUUGUCCAAUUGACAUUGAGUACUUUCCUUAUGACCAACAACAUUGUGAGAUGAAGUUCGGAGGAUGGUCGUAUCAUGGGUUCUUGAUGGAUGUCAUGCAGCUUACUGUAAGUUGUUUCGUGGUAAACUACGUUUUGUAUAAGACGGACAUGAAAGAUGCCAAACAACAGGCGAUUGAUGACGAUAAUAGGAUCAUUAUUAAAUUGCCACAGAAAAUAAUAUACUUGUAGGAGCACCCAGAAGACAUCAAGAAUCAGCUGGACCGUAAGGGGAAACAUUGUCAGUUUUUGGAGCAAGGAAUGGAUUUGUCAUCGUAUUACAUGUAUGUCUGUCGCAUUUAAAUAUUGUCGUAUUUUAGGAGUAAUGAAUGGGAUUUACUAGAAGUGUCAAGUGCAAGACAUGAAGAACUUUAUCCAGGUUGUUGUGGUCCAGACUACUAUAUUGACAUUACUUUCCACAUUACUAUACGAAGGAAGACAUUGUUUUACACUGUCAAUCUGGUGCUUCCUUGUGCUAUGAUUGGUACGAAAACUGCCGCAUUCAGUAUAUGAUCGUAUUUCAGCUUUCCUCACCAUCUUCGUAUUCUACAUUCCUGCCAUCGAACACAAAAUCACCCACUCCAUCUCCGUACUUGUUACCUUGACUGUGUUCUACCUUGUCUUGAUCGAACUGAUACCUCCUACUUCCUUAGUCAUCCCUCUUAUUGGCCAAUAUAUUCUGUUCACCAUGUUUUUGGUAUCGUUUUCGAUCAUCUUAUCAGUAAUCACUGUCAAUUGGUACCGAAGAGAUGGCACUUUACAUACGAUGAGUCCAUGGCUAUACGUACUGUUUGUCAGGUAUUUACCAUGGUUAUUGAGAAUGGAAAAGCCAGAAGAAGACGAAGAUCACAGCGAGGAAGGGAGCUUGAGCGACGUGUCUAUAUCAGGUAAGGAGUGUCAUAUAGCUUCCAAAGUAGCACUAUAUAUGAUUAUGGUAGUGUAAAGCAAUAUUAUAUUCAUAACAUAAACAGAUGAUUAAUGAUGCCAUUUCAGACUUGUACAACGCUGACAGUCCGGACAAUCCAUUUUUUGAAAACAUCACUCAAAUGGCUGAAACGGAAUUGAGAUUGUCGCAGCUGGCGCAACUGCGUGGAAUGCACCCAGAUACGAUACGAAGAAUGGUAGACAACGUCAACUUCAUCGCGAACUACUACAAGGAUAAACAGAAGAAGGAUAAGGUAAGUGAAAUAAACAUAAACUAUUGACCUGGUCGAAAAGAGAGUAUGUGUACUCAAAAUGUCGCUUUUCAUAUUUUCUAUUUACUUUUUGGCGCAACCACCAAAUAAUAAAAUAUUGUAAAACUUCAGAUCAGUGACAUGUGGUGCUUUGUGGCCAUGGUAAUGGAUCAACUAAUGCUAUACAUCUUCACAGUCGUCUUCAUUCUCGGAACCUUACUCAUCAUUGCUCGCUCUCCCUACCUCGCCGAAUCCAUAUCACCAUUGGGCGUUCAGCUGGCUACAAAACCCCUAAGUGGAGACACGAUCGAGUUCGCCCUCAAAGACAGCAACUUCACUUAUUCAAACUUUAAUUUUCAGUAA